GUUCGAGAUCAACGAGGCUAAGGAGUCUUUGGCGAAGGUCAGGAGCAUCGCUCAGAACAUCAGAACCCUUCCUUCGGAAGAGCAGACGAUGGUCUUCAAACUGUCGAAAGAGCGAAAGCUCGCUAAGGUUCGCCCGCCCGUGCUCUUCGAGUUCGCUGUAGGAGAUCGCCCAAGCCUGCCUCUCUUCGGCCGCCACUUCAGGAUCAUGGAAUCUAAGCUUGGUGGGCAUUGCGACAUCGCCGAUGGCUACAUCCGCUUGGUCUACCGCGUCCUCAAAGAAUCCUAUCAGAAGGGAUUCAUCUUGUCUUUGCAUGGUGUUUUAACCGUAUUCUGA